AUGUCUGAGGAGAUAAAAAAUUCUCAAUCCCGGACAGCAGAAGAAAAAUCUGAUGCAGCCGAGAAUAAAACUUCUACUGGGGCAACCUCUGUGCAAACACAAUCAGGGGAGAGAAGAUCAACCCCUGCGUCGGUUGCCGGGAUGCCCAAUCCUUUUGAUUUCUCAGCUAUGACUGGAUUACUCAAUGAUCCAAGCAUCAAGGAAUUAGCUGAACAGAUAGCAAAAGAUCCUUCAUUUAAUCAGAUGGCAGAACAACUUCAGAAAACCUUUCAAGGCGCUGCAGUAGAAGAUGGCAUCCCUAACUUCGAUACACAACAAUACAAUUCCACAAUGCAACAGGUUAUGCAAAAUCCUCAAUUUAUGACCAUGGCUGAGCGGCUGGGUAACACAUUGAUGCAGGAUCCAUCCAUGUCUAGCAUGAUGGAAAGUUUGGCAAAUCCAGCUAAUAAAAAUCAGCUCGAAGAACGAAUGGCACACAUUAAAGAAGAUCCAUCAUUGAAACCUAUUUUGGAAGAGAUAGAGAAUGGUGGUCCAGCUGCUAUGAUGAGGUACUGGAAUGAUAAAGAUGUUCUCCAGAAGCUGGGUGAAGCAAUGGGAUUUGCUGUGGGAGGGGAAACUGCCACUUCUGCUGAAGAUGCUGCUGGAGAAGACGAAACAGAGGAAGUGAAUGAAGAGGAAUCCAUUGUUCAUCACACUGCUAGUGUUGGUAAUGUGAAGGGCUUGAAGAAAGCGCUAGCAGAUGGUGCUGAUAAAGACGAAGAAGAUUCUGAGGGAAGGACAGCGUUGCAUUUUGCAUGUGGAUAUGGUGAGUUCAAUUGUGCUCAAGUUCUUCUGGAGGCUGGUGCUAAGGUGGAUGCUUUGGAUAAGAAUAAAAACACUUCUCUCCACUAUGCUGCUGGAUACGGCAAGAAGGACUGUGUUGAGUUACUUUUGAAGAAUGGUGCUUCUGUCACUCUUCAGAAUUUGGAUGGCAAGACACCCAUUGAUGUCGCGAAACUAAACAAUCAAGAUGAAGUACUAAAACUGCUGGAAAAGGAUGCAUUUCUAUGA